AUGCCUUCAAUAAUGGAUUAUAAUCUUGAACCAAUGUUUAGUAGUAGUAGUAGUAGUAAGAGCGGUACUCCUGAUGUACCUACCUCAAGAACCGAUCACGAUAAAGCGUCCUUCUCAUCCGAUUGCAAUCGCAAAACUUCACUUGAUUCAACAAGCUCUUCAGAGUAUUCAGACAUUGACUACAAUGAUACAAGUUGCUUAGAUAAUGAUGACUACGAUGAUAUUUUGAAGAGAAUCUUGAAUAAGCAGCAUCCUGUAAGGAUUUCUCUGAAACUCUUUGUCACAGAGAGUACUUACAGCAUAUGGGAUACGAUUCUCGAUCGCAGCAGAAGUAUCCUGUAUGUUGCAUUGCCAUCAAUUUUGCUGCCAGCAGCGUCAAAACAAUCAUUCAUCUCCCUCCUGGACUUUGCGGAGGAGAAGCUGAAGUGCAACAGUGUCAUUCUGUGCAUGCAGAAAGAUCGCGAGGAUCGUGCCAAUUUGGUGCGAACUUUUCUCUUUCUCGGUUUUCAGCCACUUGCGCCCAAAACCGAAUUGGCUCCUCCGCAGACCAUCAACGAGAACAACCUCUUUCUCAUUUACAACAUCAAUGAGGAGUAGGAUCAUGUGAGUUGAUUCCCUUCUCUCUGCCUUUUCCUUUUCUACCUUUUAGGGAGGGGGAAGGGGUUUGAUUAGGGGAGGAUGAAGUUGACCUGCAACAUUUUCACAAACUUUUUUUUUUAAAUCCUUUUUAAAGAAAUAUUUCAUACUGAAACAUCUUUUUUUUCUUCCGGAAAAUUAAAAUAAAAUAAAUAAAUUUUACAAAUCGCUUCACAAAUUUCAUAAAUCUUAAUUUUUUAACUUUGAAAAAUAUUGUACUAUAAAAUUAUAAAGUCAUCAUUAUCGAAGUAAAAAAAAAUAUUUAAAGGACAAAACUAAAUAAUUAAAAAAAACUUGUAUCAGAAAUGUAUUUGCGAUUUUGUAGUGAAAAGAAAAAAAAACAGAAAUAAUUAUAAUUAACUAAAAAGUAGCUGAGAAGAACGCUUUAUCCAGAGGUAUAUUGAAGAAAAAAAAUUGAAAAAAUGUAAAAAAAAAUAUAAAGGGCACCAAAAAUCGAAAAAAAAUUAUAAAAACCUAAAAAAAGUGGCAACCAAAAAAAUUAUCUUGUAGAUUUAUCAAAAAAAUUCUUAAUUUUUUCAUUUAAAUAUCAUUUUUUUUCUCUAAAGACUACUGAAAAUUUUUUACACAAUUCUCUGGGUUUUUUUCUCUGAAAAGUUAAAAACAAAUUUAUACAUUAAUUAAAAAAAAGCAAUUAUGAAUUGUUCCGUGAUUGAAAAACGUUUUUUUCUGUGUUUUAAGCCUUUUAUCUCCCUUUUUUCUUAAUUCUUUUGAGACUAUUAUUAUUAUUAUUUUUUUUAAAGAGCGAUGGCAGUGUUGGAUUUUUUUCUGUAGAGUCUUUGACGAAUAGAAUUGAUAGGAAAGUAUUAAAAAAACAAAGAAAGAGAAUCUUUAAAAGUGAAAGGCUCUUGCAGAAAAAAGAAAUGUGCUGAGACGAAUAAAAUAAUUUACAGAUAGAAUCAUCUUCAUUCCGUUUCAUUCUUGAAUAAAAAAAAACAAAAACACAUUUUGUCACAUUGAAUUUAUUUAAAAAAUAAAAUAGUUUGUUUUUUUAUUAAAUAAAAAAGAGUACCAGAAGAAAAUCUUUCACUUUUAUUCACUUUUAGACUUAAUUUUUAUUGAAGUUUUACAAAUUGAUAAUGUUAUUGGAAGAGAAUUUAACUAAAAAGAAGAGGCAGGAGACAAAUAUGAAAAUAUCGCAAUUAUAUGUUCUUAUGUAUAUUGAAAAGAAGAAAAAUCGCAAAACAAUAAAGAUUGAUAUAGAAUACAAAACCCACAAAAA